AAAUGGCGUCGACUUUGGUUGAUCUUGUUGAGAAGUUUUCUGCCAAGACAGAAGCUUUAAAACAGUGCAUGGAGCUACAGAAUUCCGCACAAUCACCGGCUUGUCUCGCUGAUCUCAAGGCCAUCAACAACGAAGUAACUGAGAUAGAACUGUUACUGCAAAAACUCAAGGAAAUAAACGAAGUAGAAAAAAAGCAGCUAGACAGAGGAAAAGCACUGUUAGGUGUUGUUCAGCAAUAUCAAGAGKGUGUUACRCAUAUGUCUACUAACCUACCAAGCCAUCUACCUACCAAGCCAUCUACCAGAGAAGAGAAGCGAAAGGCAACAUUGAAAAAGCCUGCCAACUCUUCCAAUGAAGAAAACAAACCAGUAAAGCGCUCUAAAGCAAACACAUCCAACGCAGAUGCGAACCAUCCCAAGCUACAAUAUAUUACUGUUGAUGAUUUUGGAAAAGUUCCAAAAUACAUCAAAGGUCGAAUAUCGUACAGUCAAGUCAACAAUACCAUUGAUGGACUCAAUGAUGUCUUCAAGGAGAAGUACAAGAUACUUAGCCUUCCGAGGUCAAAGAUGGGAGAACAUGUCAUGAAGAAAUACAAAGCUUUCAAAGACGCAGAAACUGAUGACACCAAAGGUCAGUUCUUUGUGAUUGAUGAUGAUAUUAAGAAUUAUUCAAGUCUUAAGCUUGACAAGGCUGGUCGUUCUAUACUGACAAUCCUACGACAUACUGGCAGAAUCAAGGAAAUGCGCAGUGGUGGAUUGAUAAGAUACGUACUUAAUUCUACAUAAACAAKUUAUGUAAACAUUGUAGAGUGGUUUUCAUAAACCCAUCAAAAACAGUGCAAAGACCUCUGAAGGUUUUACAUCAUGUACUGUAUAUGCAAAUAAUGCAUUUUAGAGGAUAUGUUUGGGACAGAACAUGGCGGAUUUCUUUUCUUUUUUUAGAAACUGAUUCCACAAUGCAUUGAAAAUCAAGUAGUGACGUAAAAGGUUCAGAAGUCUAUUGUGUAAUAGCGUGUUAUACACCGAAACGACAAAGAAAAUAACAUACAAAAUGAAGAGAGGCGAAACGUAGCGCGAUAAAUUGUAUUUCACGGGUCAUGGAGACCACUGCUAUUCACACGAAACACUAUAGAUGAAUUAUUUUUGUAUAUUAUUGUUAAUAUUUUCACUAAAGUCGGUGUGCUAACUGUCAUGACUCACCUGUAGUCCAGUCCUGACCUCCUUUCGACCUGCUUCAGUUCUUGGUGAAUGGAAGUCAAGAAUACCUUGUCUGCGCAUGUCAGGAUAUUGACCWUGUAUCAUGUACAAUUUCCAACGAGAUUUUAGAAAGACUGAUGAAAACGACACUGUUCUUUUCUGUCGCAGUUUGGUUGAAAGUUUAACAACAGUCUGAGCUUACAAUAGCUACUGCUCGCUAAUAUUUCUAAGCGGACACUGACGCGAAAGUCUGAAUAAUUUACUGCGUCAGGCUUAAUGCGGACAAAAGCUGACUAAUAAAACAAACAAGAAAAGAAAGGAAGGUUGUGAAUUCCGCCGCGGUCCUUCCUGAGACACGAUCUUUCGCCACAUCUGAUUGGCUCGUUCACAUGCAUACAUGCUCGUGUCCUGGGUCACGAUCUUUCGCCACAUCUGAUUGGCUCGUUCACUUACAGGCUCGUGUACAUGCGCAAGCAAGAUAAUUUUAUUCUUCCCUGCGAGUCCUAGAGCGAGUGGAAAGGAGGUUUGGACUGGAUUAACCUGUAAACGAGCCAAAGAAGAAAACCCUUUCGUUAUUAACCUAUUAAGAUUUAAUUGUCUAAGCUCUAGGUGUAUUAGAUGUGUGCGUUAAGUUACUAUGUGUAUAAUUACGCAUUAAAUUGUGUGAUUGAUGCGCAAAUAAUCUUUGUGAAAUCUAAAAGCAAUUUCCAUUGAAGAACGACACAGAGAAUAUAGUGCAAAAUUUUAAUAUUGAAUAAUGAUUAAAAACUUUACAUUAUAAA